AAGCCUGCAGGUGCCACCUGAUGGUUCACAGACUUGGUGUGGAGGAGACAGGACCAUGGUGAAUACCGGACUACGUGCUGCGUUGACUGUCCUUCUGUGUCUGGCAGUGACCACUGCCAGUCCGAGACAUCGCCGAGCUUCGUCGCUCUCAUUGUCCACGUCAUCAUUUGGAACCUCGCUGUACAAGCGUCUGGUGUCUGGGAACCAUGACAACAUUAUCUACUCCCCACUCAGUGUGUAUACGGCCUUGACCAUGACCUUGCUGGGGGCAGGAGGGGUCACAGAGCGGGAACUGAUGACGACACUAGCCGUGCAACCUGGACAGAACAUUCACAGUGACCUUCACACCCUCAUGACCUCACUGACUACAAAUGACCCCGCCUCUAACCUCACGCUGCGCAUGGCCAAUGCCCUGUACUAUGAUGCUGCUCAGGUCAAGGUCACGGACGGCUUCGCGGACAAUAUAAACCGUUACUACGGGGCGGCUCUGAAGCCCUUCCAGAAGCCAAACCCUGAGGAAGCCAUCAACACGUGGGUGGAGGAGGUGACCAAACACGCCAUCACCAACUUCCUACAACCUGGCUACAUCACAGGCGAUGUCAUCCUCAUGCUUCUUAAUGCAGUAUUUUUCGAGGCCUCGUGGAAGACUAUGUUUGAUCCAAGAGUCACCCACGAUGCCGACUUCACUACCAUCUCGGGUGCGGUCAAGCAGGUGCCGCUAAUGUCUAAGGAUGAAAGUUUCUCCGUGAAGAACGUUCCAGAACUGGACGCACGCGUUCUGGAACUGCCAUACAAGGGAGGUGACUACAGUCUUUUCGUCAUUUUGCCCAACACCAAGAACGGUCUGACAAACAUGGAGGACAAGUUGACUGGUCAGGUCCUGGAAAGCGCCCUAUCGUCCAUGCCACAUGCAAUACCUAGGAAAGUGUACUUACCUAAGUUCACUUUGCGCAUGCGUAAAGGGUUGAACGAACCGUUGAAGGCGUUGGGUCUCAAUGCAAUGUUUGAAGCUGGUAGGGCUAACUUUUCCGAAAUGGUGGCCGGAGGAGGUAUUUUUGUUAGCGACACUCUUCACGAAGCAAUGAUCGAGGUGACGGAGUCCGGAACCAAGGCAGCCGCUGUGACGUCCAUCACCUUUUCCCGGAAUCUCAUCCUGCCUGACCCGGAGACACUUUUCAAGGCUGACCACGCUUUUGCAUUCGUGCUCCGGGACAAGGCCAACGGAGUGAACCUCUUUAUGGGUCGUGUUGCUGACCCCCAGUAAUAACUGCAUUGUAUGACUCCAGCAAGAUUCUUCAAAAGCAAAACAUUAUGGCAAUAAUUAUUAUGAUAAAAUUAGCAUUGGAGAAUUAGUUCAAAUCGUAAAAAUUAUGAUAAUUUGUAGAAUUAAACUUUAUUACCUCCCUUGGUAGGAAAAACUUCUUUUCGGUCAAUAAUUAACUAAUCGUCAGGAUAAAUGAGACUUUUCUGUCAUGUUUAAUUUUAGCUGUGCAUUCUUGUUGAAUAAAUGCUGUAGAAAAAG